UGAUCAGAGUGAUGCAGAGUCGCGGUCCCGGGGCGCCCCCGUGUGAUUGGAGUGAGGUACUACACUUUGAGAAAAGUAUUGAACAUGUUUACGAAAGCCACUGCAAGUGCCCUCGUUCACUAAGAGGCUCCAUAUCAUCACAUGUAGUUGCUGACGGAACGUAAAGUUACGUUUUCUGCUCAGCUCUACUUGUUAGCUUCUCUUGACCCCAGCCGUCAGCAGCGGGCGGUCUCGCUCUCUGACUCAUAUCGGGUUCAGUCGGGAUCAACGACACCGGAUCACCAUGGCGGCUCAGACCCGAGCCCUCGUCACGGGGAAAUGGCUCGCAGACGCCCUGAAGAACCGCCUGGUGGGCCCCAAGCUGCGGGUCCUGGACAGCUCCUGGUACCUGGCCAAGGUGCGGCGGAACCCCCGGGCGGAGUUCCAACAGUCGCACAUCCCCGGCGCCUCGUUCUUCGACGUUGACGAGUGCUCCGAUAAGACCUCCGCCUUCGACCACAUGGUUCCGAGUCCGGCCGAGUUCGCGGAGUACGUCGGUCACCUGGGCAUCGCGAACGACACGCACGUGGUGGUGUACGACACGAGCCCCCUUGGGUCGUUCAGCGCGCCGCGCGUGUGGUGGAUGUUCCGCCUGUUCGGGCACCCCGCCGUGUCGGUGCUGGACGGUGGGAUGAAGAACUGGCUGGCUGAGGGUCACCCCCUGACCUCUGUCCCCUCUGAACCCGAGCGCGCGGAGUUCAAGGCAAGUGUAGACCGGUCCUUGGUCAAGACGUAUGAAGACGUGUUGGAAAACAUCCGAACCAAACGGGUCCAGGUGGUCGAUGCCCGGUCGGCGGGUCGGUUCAAGGGCAUCGAACCCGAGCCCAGAGAUGACACCCGUCCGGGCCACUUCCCGGGGGCCGUCAACAUGCCCUUCACCUCGGUCCUGGGGCCCUCGGGGGAGGUGCGGGGGCCCCAGGACCUGGCCCAGCUGUUCCGGGAGGCGGGGGUGGACCUGGCCGCGCCCCUCUGGGUGUCCUGCGGCUCCGGGGUCACGGCCUGCCACGUGGCGCUGGCGGCCACCCUGCUGGGGCACCCGGGGGCCUGCGUCUACGACGGCUCCUGGUCCGAGUGGUUCAAGAGGGCCCCCCCGGAGCUGGUCCUCUCUGAGGGCCCGUAGAGAACUGAGGACCACCUGACACCUCCAGCCCUGAGGACCACCUGACACCUCCCAGAGGACCACCUGACACCUCCCUGAGGACCACCUGACACCUCCCAGAGGACCACCUGACACCUCCCUGAGGACCACCUGACACCUCCCAGAGGACCACCUGACACCUCCAGCCCUGAGGACCACCUGACACCUCCCAGAGGACCACCUCACACCUCCCAGAGGACCACCUGACACCUCCCAGAGGACCACCUGACACCUCCCAGAGGACCACCUGACACCUCCAGCCCUGAGGACCACCUGACGGCUCCAAGAGGACCUUCUCCAGGGCUGGAGGGUGGAGGACCUUCUCCAGGGCUGGAGGGGGGAGGACCUUCUCCAGGGCGGAGGUGGAGGACCUUCUCCAGGGUGGAUGUUGUCCAACAUGGGGCCUUCAGAAGUCUCAUGUGUUGCUGAAUGGUUGCGGAUCCUUGAUGAGCCUGAUGGGUCUGAUGGGUCUGAUGGGUCAGUUGGGUCUGAUGGGUCUGAUGGGUCAGUUGGGUCUGAUGGGCUGUACAGAUUGAAGUAUAGGCCUGCAUUUUAUUUACAAAUACAGAAAAUAACAUUGAACAGAUUUGGGCUAUAAUAUAACGUUGUGUACCUAUGUUGAUACCUAUGCCUCAACAAUAACACCAGUUUAAAUCAAAGUGCCUUGGCAUUCAAACUUUGAUUGCUUUGCUUCGAAGUGUUCAAACUAAUGUUGAUAAUGUGAAAUAACUUCUAAAAUAUUUGUUCAUAAUAAUAAUUAUCUAGCCUGGUAUAUCUUUCUUUUGGCAGGGAAAUAAAUUCUGUACAUGUCGCUGCGUAGCAAGGUUUGGACAGUGUAUGGAAUAAUUUCAGUUAUUGCUAAAUAAAAAUGGCCCACAAUGUGAACCUGUCAAUCAUCCAAUGUUCGGAAGUCCAGCUCUUGUGACGCACGAACGCGUCCGUGUGGAAAGGGGGCGUCGGCGGAAAGUUACAAAACCCUCGAGCGAUUUUAACUUCCUUCAAGUCAUUGUAGAUAAUUAAACAUAGUUUCACUUCAAUUUGUGUCAAAUGUCUUUUUUUCAAACAUCGUGCUUUCUUGUUCCAUUCCCGAAUAAACUACGGAGAUAAUUCCAGGAACA